AAAACCGGUAAGUACCUGUCUGAGGAGGCCUCUAUCGGUAACUCAUAGUUUUCCUUCUAUGACAUCUGAUCCUGGUUCUAUUGUGAUCCCAUUUGGGAACAGUGAGGGGUCUUAGGACACACAUGAACUCCUGUGCGGGGCACUAAGGAGAAGUCACACUGCCCUCCUGGCUCUUGACCCCCUGUGUCCUGUUUUGUUUUGUCUUUUCUGUCUCUUUGUCCUGAGUCUUCGGUGGUUUGGACUUGGGGUGACUGGACAACAGAAUGGGUAAUAAGAGUAGUAAAGCAGAUACUCCCUUAAAAUGUGUACUGAAAAAUUUUCACCUACUUUACCGCAGGAAAUUUAGGAAAUUUAAGUCUUUUGGCUACUCCAUUACCAAGAAACGUCUCCAGAUCCUCUGUGAACAGGAAUGGCCCACAUUUGGGGUCGAAUGGCCCUCUGAGGGCACCUUCGAUCCCAAGGUGGCAUGGGCCAUAGUAGAUGUUGUCUACAGCCUACCUGGUCACCUGAACCAAAUUCCAUACAUUGUGCCUUGGGCAAAAGCAACAUCUAAUCCACCACCGUGGAUGAAGACUUUUAUGGUCAUAUAUGGUCAUCUUCAUUCCCCAUUAUCUCAACUUCCUCAGCCUGUGCCUCAACGCCAACCCCUGACUCAGGCCCCACCACAACCACAACCCCUGAAAAAGCCUGCCCCUCAACCCCAGCCCCUGAAAAAGCCUGCCCCUAAACCCCAGCCCCCGACUCUAGCUCCUCCUCAACCCCAACCUCUUCCCCAGCCCUCUGAUGCCUGUGUGCCCUUCACCCACACUAAUCUUUAUAACGAGAAUACCCAGAACCCUCCUCUCAGGACAAACCCGAGCUGCAUAACCUAUGUGCCUUUAACCACCACUGAUCUUCUUAACUGGAAGGUGCAGCACCCUCCUUUCAGCACAAUGCCUCUGCAGAGACUAGACUGGAAAUAUAGGACAGAAGAGAGUAGAAUGCCACUCAGUGAUUACCACCACGCUUUGAUUGAGGGAUUAAAACGGGCAGCCCGGAAGCCCACUAACUAUUCCAAGGUGUCCAAUACGAGACAAAGUCGAAACGAAUCACCUACAGCAUUUCUUGAGCGCCUCCUGGAGGCAUACCGAGAAUAUACAGACAUAGAUCCAGAGGUCUCGACAAACUUCCCCCUCAUUAACCUGACCUUCGUAACUCAGUCUGCCCCAGACAUACGUAGGAAAAUAGAAAGAAUAGAUGGAUUUAUAUACAAGAGUAGGUCAGAAUUAUUGGCAAUCGCCCAGGAAGUGUUUUACAAUAGAGAGAGUGAAGAAGAGCUGCUGGUGAAGAAAAUGGCUCGGAUUGUGAUCACUGCCCAAGAAUCUGGUGCCUUCAAUCUUGACCAAACAACAUACAACAAAAACAGGAAACCCCUUCGAAGAGACCAAUGUGCUUACUGCAAGAAGUUGGGGCACUGGAAGCAUGAAUGCCCCAAACAGAAAUGGGUAGGUCCUCCCUGGCCAAGGCCAUGUUUGGCUUGAGGAGAAUUGUGGAGCCAUAGCUCUUUCAAGUAAGGCCCCCAAGAGUCUAUGGUAAUCUUUUUAAUUAGUGCUAACCUGUAAACUUCCUAGUCAACAUGGGGGCUUCACAUUUGGUAUUACCAAAACCCCUGGGGCCUCUCACCAAACAAUGGAAAUGCAGGGGCCAACAGGUGAAGUCAGAAAAUAUACUACAAAAUGGACUGUUAAUCUGGGAAAGGGGACAGUGAUUCUUUCCUUCAUCAUUGUCUCUGAAUGUUCCCAUUCUUUUUUGCUGGGAAGAGACCUCCUAAGUAAGCUCCAGGCAACUAUCUCAUUCUCAGGAGAUAUGACUAAGCUACAACUAGGGUGCCUAGCCAC